GUUUCCGUUCAAGGCGGCCAUUAUUGAGUUGUUCGUUCGCCGGGUCUGAGAGUAGGUCUGGCGUGAAUGAAAAACCAAAGUUUUCUUCAAAUUCUCUCAUAAUCGAGAGAUAUCUACCCGAGCGUAUACCACCACGUCAGUCCAUCAAGGAUUAAUUGCAAGCUCAAUUAUGCAGUACAACGGAUUUCACAAUCAGCAUCCAAUUUACAGACCUCGACCAGACCGGAAUGAACAAUUCGGUAAAAUUCCAUUUUUCAAUGGAUUUCCAGAAUUUGGAGGGCCUAAAAACUUUGGUGGCCCAAGAAACAAUCUUGCUAAUAAAAAUAACUUCAGACCACGAAAUGACUUUAAUGGUAUGAAUGGUAUGAACUACCAGAAAAAUGAAAAUGGAAAUCAAAAUGAUUUUGGUGGACCAAAGGAAUAUAGGCCUAGAAACAAUUUCAACAACCAAGGUCAGAAGAAAGACUAUGAAAAUGGACCAAAACCUGGAGGAAACAUGCAAUUUUACAACCCUAAGAAUGACUUUGGUGGACCAAAACAACAAAAUUUCCAAAAGAAUAAUUUUGGACCCAAGAACUUUAACAACCAAAAUGGAAACACUGGGCAGACUUAUGUUGCAAAGAAAGUGUUUCCAAAUCAAACUGCUGGACAGCAACCAAAUGACUUCAAUGCCAGGAAAUUACAGAGCAAGAAAGCAAAGCAUCCAGGAGACAGCUUAGUUAAACCAAUGUGGGACUUGGGAAAUCUUGAACCAAUUCAGAAGGACUUUUAUAAGCCACACCCUAAUGUUGAGAGCCGAUCAGAUGAAGAAGUACAAAUGUUCCGUGCAGCAAAUGAGAUUACAGUUAGCGGAAAUAAUGUGCCUCGCCCAAACCAAAUUUUUGAUGAAGGUAACUUCCCUGAUCAUGUUAUGACUACAAUCAAAGAACAAGGAUAUACGGAGCCUACUGGUAUUCAAGCUCAAGGAUGGCCAAUUGCCUUGUCAGGUCGUGAUAUGGUUGGUAUAGCAUCUACUGGCUCUGGAAAAACUUUGGCUUAUAUGCUCCCUGCUGCAGUACAUAUUGUACAUCAACAGAGAAUCCAGAGAGGAGAUGGACCUAUUGCGUUGGUUCUAGCUCCAACACGCGAAUUAGCACAGCAAAUCCAGUCUGUUGCUCAAGCAUACAGUGCUCGUGGCUGCAUCAGAAAUACAUGUCUCUUUGGUGGGUCACCUAAAGGCCCUCAAGCAAGAGAUUUGGAAAGAGGAGUGGAAAUUGUCAUUGCCACACCUGGAAGACUGAUUGAUUUCUUAGAACGUGGAACAACAAAUUUGCGACGAUGCACUUAUCUGGUUUUGGAUGAAGCUGACAGAAUGUUGGAUAUGGGCUUUGAGCCUCAGAUUCGUAAAAUUAUUGAACAAAUUCGGCCUGAUCGUCAAGUACUUAUGUGGUCUGCUACAUGGCCCAAAGAAAUUCAAGCUCUAGCAGAAGAUUUUCUCAAUGAUUACAUCAAGGUCAAUAUUGGAUCUCUGAAUCUUUCAGCAAAUAAUAACAUCAAGCAGAUUAUUGAAGUAUGUGAAGAACAUGAAAAGGAAAAUAAAUUAACGAAUUUAUUGAAAGAAAUAUCAUCAGAGAGGGACAAUAAAGUCAUUGUUUUUGUUGAAACUAAGAAGAAGGUUGACGACAUUGCACGUGCUGUUCGUCGUAAUGGCCAUAAGGCACUCGCUAUUCACGGCGAUAAGUCUCAACCAGAACGCGAUGCUGUUCUCACGGAAUUUAGGAAUGGAGCCACAACUAUUUUGAUUGCGACUGACGUAGCUGCACGUGGUCUCGAUGUCGAGGAUGUCAAGUUUGUUGUUAACUUUGACUAUCCCAACUCUUCUGAAGAUUAUAUCCAUAGAAUUGGUCGUACUGGACGUUGCCAACAAUCUGGAACAGCAUACACAUAUUUUACCAGUGGCGAUGCUCGUCAAUCGCGCGCCUUAGUGGCUGUAUUGAGAGAAACUGGCCAGAACCCCCCUUCAAAGCUCAGUGACAUGGCUAGAAAUAACAACAACAAUUCCGGCCGCAACCGUUGGCAGCAGAGAAAGGAAAACAACAGUGGCUCCAGUUCACCACGUCAACAAAAUAACCAAUGGAACAACAAAAUGGCUAAUGCUACCAAUGAAGACAAUUCAAGUACUAAUUCAUAUCAAAACAGGAACACCAAUCAACAGCCUCCACGCUUCACAAAUCAAAAUCAGACCAAUCAGGGAUACAGGCAAAAUAAUUACCAGAAACAACAGGUGCCAUUCCCAAGUCCCAAUGUCUUCGAUUCAAUGGGUGGUUAUCAAGGUGGAUACAACAAUGGAUAUCAAAAUGGUUAUAAUAACCAGAACGGCUAUGGUCAACAACGAUCUUAUAAUAACUCCCGCAAUGGAAACCAACAGUUCCGCAAUAACAACGCCAGCGGUAACAAAUCUAAUGGAUCCGGUUCAUCUUUCGGUUCUCCGCCACCACACUUCGCUACACCUCCACAUUUCCCACAAAUGCAUCCACACCACCAAGACAUGCUUGGUGGUAAGUUCUACGGCGGCGGCGUCGGCGGAGGCGGUCCGUGCGGUUACCAGGCGGCAGUAGGCGCAAGCGUGCCAUACGCUCAUCUCCCGCCCGGUCCGCUGCUCUAUGCCGCGCCCGUGCAACAGUAAAUCACCAUGCGACAUCCAACCACACACACAACCACUAUCACUGACACCACAGCCUACACAGCCCCUGGACGCUUACAGCCCUUUCACAUUUUUUGCAAAAAAUCUUAAUUUUUGAGCGCCGUGUUUACCCCCUUGGAAAAGAUUUUGACUAUUUCCAAUAGAAGUAAAGAGUAGAUUUAUUCUUCCUAUUGUAAGCAGCUAGUUAAGGGAAAAACAAUAAUAUGCACAACUUUAAGGCAUCAAUCUCUGAAUAAUGUUCAAUAAAUUAGAUCAAAUGAAUUACUACACUAUAUCAGAAAUAUGUUUUGUUGUAAUAUAAUGUAUUAGAAUCUUGAUUUUCCAUCUCAUUAAUUAUUAAAAAAAAAACAUCUAACCUCCGUGAGUUUUCCCAAAA